AUGUCUAACACAGUUAUAACUAAUUACACGGACUUAAAUGGACCCUCCACGAAAUCUGAUAAUUCUGUGGUUGUUAUUGUAAACAAGGAUGGAUCGUUGUCGGUUGAUCAGAAUUUACUUGGUACUCUGAUGGGUACAGAUGGUUCUCAAUCUGCUGGUAUCAGUGUUGUGCGUGUUGGUCAUGAGGGCCGGCCAGAUGAUGCGACUGACUCAGAGAAUGAGGAUGAUAAAGUGCCUCACGUUACAUUAUCAGUAGACAGCUAUUACAAUGAACCUGCAAGCAUAAUCAAAUAUGAUAGUGGAGCAGAAAUGUUACAGUCAUUGAGAAUAGAAACCAGAGAAAAUAGCCUUGUAGGCUUUCAAAAUGAUCAUUGUUAUACACCACUUACAUCACCGAGUCAAAUAUUACCACAGAGAAAUGACAGUUUUGCAGCAUAUGACGAUCCAGUUAUUGAAAUUACUAAUACACCACCACCCAAACCAGUGGCAACACCCAAAAAGAUAACCAUAUUAGAACAGCAAAUCAUUCCGAAGGGGAAAAAAAUCAUUUUAAACACAUCAGAACCGCCUAUAAUACUUAAAGGAAAUGACAUUUUAACUAAACCCUUACCAGUGCUAAUGAAAUCUAAAGUACAUGAAUCGGAAAAGUCUACCAAAUCUCAACCUAAAACAGAUGAAAAUGUUGAAUCGUCAUCUGUCAGCUCUUCAGGUGAUAGUACGGCAGAUAGAGAUUCUGAUUCUGAUUAUAAAGAUGUCAAAGAUAAGACAGCCCCUAUCAAGCAAAGAAAGAUAAAAUCUAAACCAAGAAUCCUUAAAAUGGUGCCGCCCCCCAGAACCGCUAAAAUUGAAACCAAAGUACCAUCUCGACUUAAGGCUAAUAAAAACCUUAUCAAAAAAGAUAUCAAAGAAAAACUAUUAAAUAAAAAUCUUAUGUUAGAUAAGAAGAUGAUGGAAGCGGAACCAGUUAAAAACAAUCAAAAUUAUUCCUUAGUGGUAUCAGUUUCACCGCCUACUGUCACUGAUAUUGGUAAAGUAACACCAAAAUCAGCAUCCAAAGUUGUUAAGAAGGACAAAAAAACACCAGCACAUAUGACAGCUCUGUUGACAGACAUGACUUCCCUGUUUUCUACACCAGAUGUCAUAAGAAGAGUUUCUACUGAAAACAAAGUGCCUUCUAAAGCAGAUAAAGAACCUAUCCUGCUGAAUAAAACUCUCAAUGAUAUAGCCAAGCCCAUUAAAGCCAUUGAAGGUAAAAUAUUGACCAAACCUAGCAGUACAGAGGAAAUGAAAUCGAUAACAGCUCAGAAACCUUUAAUGAAACAGACCAAAAUACCAUGUACUUCAAAAAGUUAUGAUCCAAUACCACAACUUGAUGAUGCAAGUUUAGCUCAAAUACUGCAGGAUACACCUCAAAUGAUUAAAGCACAACCAAACAUAUCUUCUCAUGUCAUUAAUAGCCCAGGUUUGGCUGGCCCACUCUCUCCGACGUUAGAUUUAUUAGGAGGCUUACAACCAGAAGAAGACGGUUUAACAGAAGAUUUUUUAAUGCAUGUAGCUCAAUUGGUCGAGAGUUCAGAGAAUCUGCAAGAGGUAAUAGAUAAGCAGGUAUUAGGAAAAGUUGAUAUUUCUGCGAAAACAGCAGUAUCUUCGCCAUUCCAACAGUCAACCUCUAACGAUCUCUAUACGCCACCGCCAAAGGCCGUUAAGUCUAUGGUUCAACGUAAAGAUCCCAUUGAAAUAGUCAGGCGAGACGGCAGAGUUAUAACGCUACCUCCCAUUGAAGCACCAGCCACAAGGUCGUCUAAGAGAAAAACUCAAGUGGAGCAACCCGUGGAAACAACACAGGCAUUAGGUUCAUCGACCCCUACUCAUCCUGUGUCAGUGACACCAGAACCCUUAGUCCAGCAGGUUUCUAAACAGUACACAAAUAAGAAAUUAGUAACUAAGAAGCAAGAGCAAAGCAUUCCUAUGGCAGUUAUCGAUAAAAUGUCAGCGGAAUCUCAAGAGAGUUGGAAUUCAGAAGAUGACCCUAACAGGCUUUGGUGUAUAUGUAAACAACCACAUAACAACAGAUUUAUGAUAUGUUGUGAUGGCUGUGAGGACUGGUUCCAUGGAAAAUGUGUCAACAUUACAAAAGCCAUGGGCCAGCAGAUGGAAGAUCAAGGAAUUGAGUGGAGGUGCCCUAACUGUGUCAAAAAUGCUAAAGCCUCGGCAAAAAAUACAAACAAGGUACCGACAGCACAAAAGGAUAAUGUAGGAUUUGUAAGAAACCUGCACGUGCUAGUAGUAUUUAUUGCAGUGAUGCAUGUAUUCUUAAACACGCUCAAGACUCCCUCGGGAGUCAUAGCACCGCCCCCAAACAAUGAUAGCACUAGUGGCAAAAAUGAGAAACCCAAUUCUGAAUCCAGGGUUAUCGUUUAUGAAAGAAAAUCAGGAAGGCUACUUGCCGGUCCGAAUGCGCCCACUGCUGAAAAUCUAAAGGCCUGGUUGCAAAAGAAUCCUACUUUCGAAGUGGUGCGGCCAGGGACAUUGAGCGCCAUCAAACCCAACGUUACUCGUAAGAAAUCGCUGAAUGAACCGGCAAAAAUACAAACUACUUUGAAUUUUGCAAGGAUUCCUAGAAAAUCUUCAGAAACUCCACCUCUCAAAUCUCCGUCAAACGAACCAAAGGAAAAAGAAAAACCUAUUAUAUCUCCAAAAGAAGAGGUGAAGCCGAUUGCUCCACCAAAAACUCCCACAACGCCGAAAUCACAACCUCCUACAGUCGAGACCCCAAAGUCGUCUAACAAAGUUACAAACGAAGGAAAGAAAGCUGCUCGCGCUAGUUCAAGUAAAUCUCAGCCGGUCGUCGAAAAGACACCUUCAGUAUCACCGUCAACAUCACGAAGGAAGGACACUCCAGACAGACGUUCAAGGAUGAGCUCCGAGGAUCCUAUCAGAGAAAAUGUUAGGAAAGCACUUCAAGAACAGAUCGCCAGUCGCAUGGCGGAGUAUGACGGCCCGAAGUUCACUGAAGAAGAAAUACAACAGUUUGCCUACGACACGGAACUCGAGCUACACGAACUAUUCAACAGAGACGUCGGAAUGAAAUAUAAAGCGAAAUACAGAUCUCUUAUGUUUAAUAUUAAGGAUAGGAAGAAUUUAUCACUGUGGGAGAAGAUAUGUGAGAAAGUUAUUACACCAAAGCAAUUAGUUAGAUUUUCACCGGAGGAAUUGGCCAGUCAAGAAUUAGCGCAAUGGAGAGACAAGGAAGCGAAACAUCAACUAGAAUUAAUAAAGAAAUCAGAAAUAGAUCUAUUAGCUGCAAGCAAAACUUAUGUUCUGAAAACACAUAAAGGGGAAGAGGUGAUGGAAACAAAGGAGUCUGUUUCAACUGAAUUGGAUCCAAACGUACCAGUCGAAGACAUAGUGACGGCUUUAAAUGAUGGAGUAGAAGACGAAACGCAACAAUCUAACAAAAAGGACGAAUCUCAGAAAAAACACACAAAGAAAAAAGAUAAAGGAAAACCGAAAGAGUUCCAGAAAAAAAGAUAA